AUGUCAAGUCAAGUAGUGGACCAAAUAUUUGACACUGGAUUCUACUGGUUCAAAAAGGCAGAGUCGUUCAACCAUCGACUAAUCGACAAAGUGAAGGACCUUGGAUCGAGCUCUUCACACCAUAGAGCGGUUUCCUACAGUCAAACACCUCCCCAAGCGACUACAUUAUAUGGCAUUUGGAAUCGUCCCAUUGGAAAAAUAGCGUCCGCUAUCGGACUGAGUGCUUUAGCUAUAGUUCUCUGGCGCUACGCCGAUGUCGUUCUCCCCCAACCGGCGGAACAUCUUGAACAAGACGACAGAAGGUGCGUGUUACUGUUCGGUCACAUGCGUGAUCCAAUAACACGUCAAAUCGUUAUGGAUUUGUAUCGACGCGGAUUUGUGGUUUUCGUAUGCUCGGGACAUGGCACUUCCGAGAAUGACGAUCAAGGGCUCUUCCACGUUCAGCCACAAGACCUCAACAACGUAGUAAAGUACAUGCAUGAAAAUUCAGGAGUUUUAGCCUCGAUACUAGUUGUGCCAAACUCGGCUUACAAUCCAUCAGGGGCUUUUACGACACUUUCGUCAAAUGUCGUACAGGCGGAACUCGAGCAGAACGUUUUCGCUCACAUGAAGGCCCUAACUAAGUUUCUUCCCAAGUUGAGUCAAUAUCCUCAGAUUAUUCUCAUGACCCCUUCCUUGCCAUUGAACUAUCAAAUUCCACUUCAUUCUCCUGAGGUUUUCAUCGCAGGAUUAAUGGAUUCGUUCUUCAAAGCGCUCACGUUUGAAUAUCCCAAGCUAAGCAUUUAUUUAUGCCAUUUGGGUGUACUCAAAAUUGCAGGUAGCUCCAGCAACUAUAAAUACCUGUCCGUGAGUGGUUCGAACAUUGGGAAUUCUUUGCUUCGCCCGCUAUAUAAUCUAAUUGUUUCGCAGCCCAGCUGGUGGUUCGGCUUCUGGGAAAGACUUCGCGGGAAACAAAGAUUUUAUGGCAAGUGGAGUAGAAUUGGUUACUCUUUGGGUUCCUGGAUACCUUAUACGAUUUUCAAGUACGUUUGA